CUUCCAUGCACUACAAAGCAACUACACAAAAAAAGGAAUUAUUUGAAGAUCUUUAUUGAAGUCUAUUGUAUGAUCUCCUCUAAUCUUCUGGUUUACCAGGCACUUUUGUAAGUCCCCAUUAUAUGUAUGUAUUCUUAGAUUUUUCCACUGAAAAUGAAGUACACACUUGGAAAUAAGUUCCACUGUAAGCAGCUGAAAUAAUUGUUUUGUUAAUUGUGUCAUUAUCUGUAUUUAUAUUGCCUAUUAAUCUUUGCUCUCUACAACAGUACCCUCCAUUCUUCUGCUUAUGCUCUUCAGCAUCACUAUCAAGCUCUGUAGCAGUCCUCUAGCCAGCCUAGAUCUACAUGAAUGCCAGCAAGACAACGAUUAUGUGCAUAUGGAUUGCCAGUUCAUUGCUACAACAUCUGUUAGCAACAGAAGGUGACCUUUAUAAUCCGUGCAUUCUGGACAUGAAAACAUGAAAGGAAGAAGCAGUAGGUGACAUCUGGAGGAGAGAAAGUAUCGAAGAAUGCUGCAAUCCUUUGAGGCAGCAUCAAAGUGGAACUCAUGGACAACCACACUGAAUAUUCAGGUGCUCUGUAUCCUUUACAUCCUUUAUCUCAGAAUGAAAAGACUGUCUGGCAGUUAAGUCAGUUACUUUUUACUAAUGAAUUAAUCAAAACCAGUCAGAAGCUCUGGGGAAAUGAGGAUUUCUGGAUCACUUGCCCACCCAUGCUAUCGGAAUGGAGUCAGAUGAACUUAGUCGAUAAAUAGCAUUACCCCACUGCAAACAGCAGCUCCCAGGAAAUCGCAUGUGCUGAGUUUAAGGCUGACAAAGCAGGGAGCUUCCGCAGACAGGGCCUGGCCAUGGCUGCCAGCAAGAGAAGGGGGUUAAUCUGGGCGUUAGACAGACCGCGCUCUGGAAGAGAAUGUCGAAUGCGGUGACCAAAGCCUUGCCGUCUGCUAGCAGCAGUGCAAGGAUCGGGUGCGCGGGCGGAGCGGCGGGACCCUGAGCUUACGCGGCUCGGUGGCUUCCACGUCAGCAGCGGUCAGCGGCGUGCCCCUUUCCCGGAAAAGGGCUCUGCGAAGGCCGAGGUCCCCUAAGGACUCUGUUCGGCGGGCAGAGGGGCGGCCUUGGCUUCGGCCGCGGGUAGCGGCUGCCGGGCGGGACAGGCCGGGCCGCGGCACUACAAGUCCCGUGAGGCGGCGCGGCGGGGGCCGAGCGGAUCCCUGUGCCGCGGCCGAGGCUGCAUCCGCGGCGGGGCGAGGCAGGGCGAUGCCGGCGGCGGGCUCGGAGGAAGGGUCGCCAGGGGCCGGAGGGGAGGGUGCGGGGCCCGGCGGCGCCUCAGUGCGGGAGCAGGCCGGCCCCGGCACCCCCAAGCUCUGUGGGUACCUACAGAAGCUGUCAGGGAAGGGCCCCCUGCGCGGCUUCCGCAGCCGCUGGUUCGUCUUCGACCCCCGCCGCUGCUAUCUCUAUUAUUUCAAGGGGCCACAAGAGGCGCUGCCCCUCGGGUACCUCGACAUCGCCUCCGCUUGCUUCAGCUACCACCAGCCGGAGACCGGCGCCGCCGCCGGGGAUGAGGCCGCCGCCUUCGAGGUGCACAGCCCCAACGGCACUGUGGCCGUGCUCAAGGCUGCAACUCGUCAGGACAUGACGUACUGGCUUCAGGAACUUCAGCAGAAGAGGUGGGAGUAUUGUAACAACCUUGACGCAGCAAAAAGGGACAGCCGAACUUCCCCUACACCAAGUGACUUUUCCAAAGGUCUUGUUGCCAAAGACAACCCUGAUUUGAGUAUCCUAAGUCAGAAUGCUUCAGCAGAGAGAGCUAGAAAUAUUCUAGCUGUGGAGACCUCCCCUACAGACCUGGUGGGGGAACAAGCAGCUUCCCAACCUGCACCAGUCCAGCCAAGUGCCAUCAAUUUCUCGCUUAAACAGUGGAGUACCGAAAUCAAAAAUUCCAUGUCCUCGCUAAGAAAAGGAAAUAACGACAAUCGCAAGAGCAUCUUUUAUACCACUGAAGAGUGGGAGUUGCUGGAUCCAACCCCAAAAGACUUGGAGGACUCGAUGGCACUGGAAGAAAAGAGGAAGCACCUGGCAGAAGGAAGUAAAGGACUGACUAGUUCAGCUUUUCUGUUUGAAUUUGGCCGCAUUCCGCACAAAUCAAGGCGUCCUUUGAAAGAUAUGAUUGGAUCGAGCAAAAGCCGGAACAGCAGUGACUCUUCUCCAACUGAAUGGUGUGCUGGUAAUGGCAACAAACUAGUCUCUGAACUGCAACUGAAGUAUCAAAGCCAACAAGAAGAGUUGGAAAAGCUGAAGAAAGAUCUUCUGAGCCAAAAGGAACUUGUGCGGCUCCUUCAGCAAACAGUCCGAUCUUCCCAAUAUGAUAAAUACUUUGCAAGUCGUCUUUGUGAGGGGAUUCCCAAAGACAAACUAGAGCUGUUGCACCAAAAAGAUGACCAGAUAUUGGGUCUCAACAACCAACUUGAAAAGUUAAAUCUGGAAAAAGAUAGUCUGCAGCAGGAAGUUAAGAACCUGAAAUGUAAAGUUGGAGAACUCAAUGACCGUCUGGGUAUGUUGAUGGAAACUAUUCAAGCUAAAGAUGAAGUGAUCAUGAAACUCUCUCGUCAACUCAGUGAAUGUGAGGACGUUACAUCCUCUCAAAGUGGAGCAGUAAAUUCUUCCAUGGCCACCUGUACUAAUAAGGAACUACAGGAGCUGGACAGGCUAAAAGACAAUCUCCAAGGUUAUAAGACCCAGAACAAAUUUUUAAAUAAGGAGAUUUUGGAACUUGCUGCUCUACGAAGAAAUGCAGAAGCAAGAGAGAGAGAAUGGCAGGCAAAGCAUACCAGCUUGGAAGCCAAACUGUGUCAGAUAGAAAGUAAAUAUUUGAUCUUACUUCAAGAAAUGAAAACUCCUGUUUGUUCUGAGGAACAGAGUCCUGCUCGUGAGGUCAUCACGCAGUUACUGGAAGAUGCCUUAAAAGCAGAAACAAGUGAACAACCUGAACAAGCCUUUUUCAAACCACACCUGGUCAGUGAAUAUGAUAUAUAUGGUUUUCAGACUGUCCCAGAGGAUGAUGAGGAGGAGAAACUAGUAGCAAAAUCACGAGCUUUGGACCUGAAGUCACUUUCUCUUAGUGAAAACCGAGAGAUUUCUGCAGGAGUAAAAUGGGAAAACUAUCUUGCAAGCACAAUGAAUAGAGAGAUGAUUCGCUGUGUAGAACUAAAGAAUCUUAUUCGAUCUGGAAUUCCACAUGAACAUCGUUCCAAGAUGUGGAAAUGGUGUGUCAAUCUCCAUGUCAAGAAAUUCAAGGACAGCACUGUGCCUGGGUACUUCCAAACCUUGCUUCAAAAUGCUCUGGAGAAACAGAAUCCUGCAUCUAAACAAAUUGAGCUGGAUCUCUUGAGAACUUUGCCUAACAACAAACAUUAUUCCUCCCCAACAUCCGAAGGGAUCCAGAAGCUGCGAAAUGUGCUGCUGGCAUUUUCCUGGAGAAAUCCCGAUAUAGGGUAUUGCCAAGGGCUCAACAGAUUGGUAGCCAUUGCACUUCUGUACUUGGAACAGGAAGAUGCAUUUUGGUGUCUAGUAACAAUAGUGGAAGUUUUCAUGCCUCGUGAUUAUUAUACUAAGACACUGUUAGGAUCUCAGGUUGAUCAGCGAGUGUUCAAGGAUUUAAUGAGUGAGAAGCUUCCACGACUGCAUGCUCAUUUUGAGCAGUACAAAGUUGACUACACUCUUAUAACUUUCAACUGGUUCCUUGUUGUAUUUGUGGACAGUGUGGUUAGCGACAUCCUUUUUAAAAUCUGGGACUCUUUCUUGUAUGAGGGACCAAAGGUAAUAUUCCGAUUUGCCCUGGCACUUUUUAAAUACAAGGAAGAGGAUAUCCUAAAACUGCAGGAUUCAAUGUCCAUUUUCAAGUACCUUCGGUACUUCACACGCACCAUACUUGAUGCCAGGAAGCUGACUGCUAUUGCUUUUGGAGACCUGAACCCCUUUCCGUUACGUCAGAUCAGGAACCGGAGGACCUAUCAUCUGGAGAAAGUGCGUCUCGAACUAACUGAACUAGAAGCCAUUCGCGAGGACUUCCUGCGUGAACGAGAGACCUGUGUAGAAAAAAGAGACCUUAUUAGUGAUGAUGAGGAGGAUAGUUGAAACUACUCAACAAAAACUUCUCUUUGGACUUGUGACCAAAGUGAGUUAACCUCCAAAACACUUUAUAAAUCCUGUCAAACAGAAUGUAAACUAGAUGCUUUUGGAAAGAUGCAGGACAGAUUUCCAAACCCCAGCACUUUCAGAAAUACUGCUUUGUAUGGAGGCCAAACACUCUGUUUACAUUUACAUUCAUGGAAUUGUAUGUAGAGCACUUAAUACCAGUCUCAGUUUAGUCAGUCAGCCAAAUUGCCAGUUCUUUUCCUGC